AGUUGCGCUUAGGUGUUUGUGGCGGUGAUGGCGACUCAGGAAAGAUGGUUCUUUCCCAAAGAAAAGUUGGCAAAUACCCCAAGCAAGAAGGAUGGAAUAGACAUAAGAAAGGAACUUUUCUACAGACAGCAGGCAGCGACUUUGAUCCAAGAUAUGGGACAGAAGCUGAUGGUAUCUCAGCUGUGCAUCAAUUCCGCCAUUGUCUACAUGCACCGCUUCUACAUGUUCCACUCCUUCUCCAAGUUCCACCGGAAUCUGAUGGCUCCAUGCUGUCUGUUCCUGGCAUGCAAAGUUGAAGAACAGCCCAGGAAGCUAGAGCACCUGCUGAAGGUGGGCUGGAGCUGCAUGAAUAAAGAAGCACCACAGAUGGAUGUCAAGUCAGAGAGAUUCAAACAGCUGUAUGACGAGCUGGUCCGGAAUGAGAACAUUCUCCUCGCGACCCUUGGGUUUGAUUGUUCAAUAGAUCACCCUCAUACACAUGUUGUAAAAUGUUGUCAACUAAUCAAAGCUAGCAGGGACUUGGCGCAAACCUCCUACUUCAUGGCCACAAACAGUCUGCACCUGACCAUGAUGUGCCUGGAGUACCGGUCGACGCUGGUCGCCUGCGUCUGCAUCUACCUCGUAUACAAGUGGUCCGGCCACGAGAUCCCGAAGUCGUCCAAGGGCAAGGACUGGUUCUGGUAUGUGGACCGUGACGUCACUCUUGAGCAGCUAGAGCGCGUCAGCGAGGAGUUCCUCCUGAUCUUCAACCAGUGCCCGUCCAAGCUGAAGAAGAAAAUCAUGAACUCGAGCAGGGCCAUCAGUGAUCAGGAGGCCGAGCAGAGGAAGCGCCAGCGGACGGAGGCGCCGCCGCCGCCGCCGCCAGCCGCGCCGCCGCCGGCACCGACGCCGGCGCCGGCCGCCAGCGGGUCCGGCUGCCCGCCGGCCGCCGGCCCACCGGCCCCGGGCGCCUCCUCCUCCGCUGCCCUCUCCAGAUCCGCUCCGCCGUCGGACCACGGCGGCGGGGGCCGCACGUCCCACCCACCGCACCAGUCGUCCACCAGCCAGCGCCAGGAGCUGCACAAGAUCGGCCUGCGCGCUUACAAAGAGAAAAAGGAGCGUGAACACUUCAAGGCGGAGAAGAAGACCCACGGCGAACGGGACCGACGUCCGAGCCGGCCCCAGCCGCCGUCUAAACCGGAGUCGGUCCGGCCGGGCGCCGCCGGCGACGCGCCCAAGCCGCGGCCCGACGCGCUUCACAAGCCGAGCAGCGUCACCGACGUGCGCAACCUGCUCAAGGAGGUGGACAGCCGUCACAGUCUGCUGCACAGCGUGGAGCACCCGGCGCACCGCGGCGCGGAGCCGGCGCGGCCGCUGCAGAGAUCCCCUGAGCGGCGGCAGCAGCAAUAA